GAUUUCUGCUGAUGGGGGAGCUUCACUGAGAGGGUUCGGGAUAAAAGUCUUCAUUGUAUAGAAACACUGAGCUGCUUGGGAUCCAGACUCCAAAUGCCUUUUGGGACUGUGACUAAACCCUCGUUUGUGCCUGAGAUGAACGGCAUCCGAGUACAGGCACUGCCUGGAGCAGGUUGCCCUGUGGGGCCGUUUCUGUCCGAUACAAUGGCUGUAGUGCUGUAAGGGCAGUCUGGUCUUACAGCCUGCAAAUGCAUCAGGACCUAUGAGGUGUGAUAAACUCAGCCGGUCAAGCUGAUAUGCUCUCCUGCCUACUCUGGUAAUAUCAUAAGGAUUUCACUUUUGGUUUUCUUCAUGUUCGGAAAAGGCCACAGAUGGCUCUCUGCAGAGUGAAGACUGGACACUUAACAUGGAGAUCUGUGACAUUAUCAACGAGACAGAAGAAGGCCCAAAGGAUGCCAUUCGAGCACUGAAGAAGAGGCUGAAUGGAAACAAAAAUUACAGAGAGGUCAUGCUGGCUCUGACGGUGUUGGAGACCUGUGUGAAGAACUGUGGCCAUCGCUUUCACGUCUUAGUGGCAAACCGUGACUUCAUAGAUGGCGUUCUGGUGAAAAUCAUCUCGCCCAAGAAUAAUCCCCCCACUAUUGUACAGGAUAAAGUACUAGCGCUGAUUCAGGCUUGGGCUGAUGCCUUUCGAAGUAGCCCUGAUUUAACCGGAGUAGUGCAUAUUUAUGAAGAACUCAAGAGGAAAGGCGUAGAGUUUCCCAUGGCAGAUCUUGAUGCUUUAUCUCCAAUCCACACGCCACAGAGGAGUGUUCCCGAAGUUGAUCCUGCAGCAAAUAUGCACAAUUCACAGUCUCAGCAAAGGAUGAGCACCAGCUCUUACUCAUCAACUUCUCCAACGGCGUAUUCUGCUCCUCAGGCUCCAGCUCUGAAUGUGACUGGUCCCAUCACUGCUAACUCUGAACAGAUUGCCCGGCUGCGCAGCGAACUGGAUAUUGUUCGUGGGAAUACAAAAGUGAUGUCUGAAAUGCUGACAGAAAUGGUACCUGGACAAGAGGAUUCCUCAGACCUUGAGUUACUCCAGGAACUGAACCGAACCUGUAGAGCUAUGCAGCAGAGAAUUGUGGAGCUUAUCUCACGAGUGGCCAAUGAAGAAGUCACAGAGGAGCUGCUGCAUGUGAAUGAUGAUUUAAAUAACGUCUUCCUCAGAUACGAAAGAUUUGAACGUUACCGAUCAGGACGUUCGACGCAAAAUGCCAGCAAUGGAGUACUGAACGAGGUGACAGAAGAUAACUUAAUAGAUUUGGGUCCUGGCUCUCCAGCUGUAGUAAGCCCAAUGGUCGGAAACUCAACACCCCAGUCUUCACUUUCUUCACAGCUUGCAGGGCUUGACUUGGGUACAAACAGCGUCAGUGGCACGCUCGGCUCCCUACAACACAGUAACCCUCGUGACGACUUCGACAUGUUUGCACAGACAAGAGGCAGUUCCUUGGCUGAGCAGCGAAAGAACGUGACAUAUGAGGAUCCACAGGCUGUCAAAGGACUGGCGUCCGCCCUGGAUGUUCGAAAACAGAACACAGGAGUGAGGAGAGGUAAAGGUGGGAACUCAGACUUGGAGCCCAUAGACAAGUGGCUAAUUACACAAGGAAUGAUCCCUGUUGCACAGUCCUCUGUCAUGGAUGACAUUGAGGAGUGGCUCAGUACCGACUUGAAGGGAGAUGAGCUGGAAGAAGGAGUGACCAGCGAAGAAUUUGACAAAUUUUUAGAAGAGCGAGCCAAAGCGGCCGAGAUGGUUCCCAACCUGCCGUCCCCGCCCCUGGAAGCCCCCACCCCGCCGACAAACCCUUCGAGCAGGAAAAAGCAGGAGCGCUCGGAGGACGCCCUCUUUGCACUGUGAGGAUUUGCUCUGCCACCCCUGGGCUCUGCAGGAGAAAGUUGCCGUCCGGCCACCUCGUCCUCUCGCAGCACUCGGCUAACAGCGAGCCCUUCGCCCCCGGUUUCACAGAUCGCUUCUCCUUCUCCUCCCUCUCUGUCUCAAACAACCCAUCCCCACAAGCUGACUCUUUCUAUUUAAGUCCGACGCUCUUCCUGCCAGACCACGAUUUUCCAGCACUUGCUUAAUCCCCUCCUUCCUAUCCCGGCUGCACAAAACCAGCUCUUGAUGCUGAAAACCUCUUUCGAAUGCAUGAGUACGUCACACUGUGUUGAAACAAAAGCCCAGAGGGGAGAGAGCAGCCUUGCCCUUCAAUUUAUGUAGGGAUCAUCCUCUUCUGUAGGCAGGUCCUGCCAAGUAGACUGCUCUGUCGAUCAGCAUGUAAUUGACUGAGCUGGAAUGUUCAGAGGGAGUGUGUCUUUAUUUUUAGAUAAAAUGUUAAUGUAUUGGCUUUCGUGUCGGAUUCGACAGCAAGGAACAACUGUUCCCCUUUCAACAUGUGCUUCACAAGUUAAAAUCCUUUACUCUCCCACUCACACAUCUCCUGGUACCAUAUGGUGGUCGCUUCUCCCCACUUUGUGCGACGCUUCAUAUUCUUAAUCUCACAGGGUAUUUUUUUCCUUGUGUUUUAUCUGGGCUGGCUCUAAUUUGAAAGCAGUCUGUUGGCCCUGUCCAGUCGCUCUGGCAGUUGACAAGAAUGAAAAGCGCCGAGCUGAAUGGAUGCCGUAACGUUAGCGCAUGAAGCAUUUUGCUCUUUGGGAGAGCAUUCGCACAGGAGGAUUUUUUUUUCUAGCGUGGUUGCCUUUUUAAAAUAGCUAGGUUAUUUUUUCCUUACCUUAGAUCCCUUCUUCAGUGGCUGCAGAGCUCUGCGUUUGUCUCGGCUGUUGUAAAUAGCAUCCGUGCAGACGGAUGGGGCUUUGCUCACGGGCUGGGUGGGAACCGAGGUUCCUGGCUUCCCUGCCGUGCCUGGUGGGACGGACCUGCUGCUUCUUGGCUGUGAUGAGGAGAGGAGAACCCUACAGAGGCUCGUGAGAGAAUGCUGGUGGAAAUGGUUAUGCGUGGAGGGACUGGCCGUGGCCGUGCUGGAGGUGGAACAACUCAUUUCCUUUAGGGCCUGAGACAGCGUUGGACACUUGUGGCCAUGCUAGAUGUAAUCCUAAUAGUUUCCGGAGCGUCCUUUGCAGCCCCUGCCCCUUUAUCACUCCCAGCUCCUGGGGGACUGCUCUUCCCGGGGGGAUUCCUCCCCGUGCGCCCACCUCGCCGGCGGCUCCAGCCCUCCCUGCACCCCCAAGCGUGUUCCUUGGUAGGAAGCCAGUGGCACGAGACCGCAGGAUCAAAGCGAGAGCCCAAUGCCGUGCGGCAGGGAGCAUCUGCUGCCCUGGCAGAGGGGCAGCUUACCUGAGGAACGCCGGUGCAGGCAGCGCUGUGCUCCGCAGCCCCCUUCCCUGGGGCGCUGGCUCUUAGGCAAGCAGCCGCCUUGCUCCGACUUGGCAUGGCCGGGCUGCCCGGGACGCUGCUGCGUGCCGAGCUGGCUCCGGCGCUUCUUCUAGACCAAGAAGCCGUGCUGCAGACAGCUGAUGUGAAAGCGAUAGAGGCUUUUAUCUGGGCACGGGUAGUUCAGCUCGUAACAAACUCUCCGAGGCACGCCGCGCUCGGUGGCUUGUGACGCAUAAAGCCUUGUCCCCCGUGGCCGGCUUGCAGCACUGACGGGCUGAGGGCUGUCAGCUCCAGCUUUGGAGGGAAGAGUUGUUUGGUGCAGGAUUUCCAGGCCACCCCAGGCCGGCUGUCCCUCUCUGCUGUCCCUGCCAUCCUCCCUUCUGUCCUGCCCUGCCUGCCUUGCCCCCCACCCCGGCUCUGCCUUGCCCCCCCUGCUGCUCUGUAGCCCCCUGCAUGGCUUGCAAGCGGCCAAGGAAAAUCGGUGUAAGGAUGGAGAUAGCUUGGGGACCGCGCUGCCUCUUCUCCCCGCUUGCUGGCUCGCCCUCCGCAUCGCCAAGCCCCGCUGUGUGAGCCUGCAGAGGGUUUCCCUCUAUUUUUUUCCUCUCUGUGGCUAAAGGAAAGUGCCAGGACAGCCUCAGUUAGCGGCAGGCGUGCCCUGCUGCUCUCCCGUGCUGCCCUCGCUCUCUAACACAAGGUGAGCCCGACGCUCAGGUGCCGGGUGCCAGACACCCCGCAGCCAGCUCCUGCCAGACCCUGCCUUUCUGCAGCGCGUCAGCUGUGGCCCCGAGCUCCAGAAACCCAAGGAAACUUCUGCUGUGGCGCUGAUUUGAUUUCAGACAGUGUCUGGUGAUCGCCUGAGCAGCCUUGCCAGCGCAGAAUGAAUUGUUGGUAUUCCUGUCGAUGCAGAAAAGCUCCGUGGGUGUUUUAGGAGUGUGUUUUCGCUUCUAAAUCCUUGAAACACAUUGACCCUGUAAAUGGCCGCAUCAGGUGAUUCUGAGCAUGUUAAUCCAGCUUCCCUGCCAAGCCCAGGGAGAUAAUCGCAUUGCUCAAGCGUGGAACGUUGCCGAAUGAUGCCGAGUGGCAAGAAUAUCAGCGGGGCUGUCACCGGAGCCCCUUGGAGUCCCACCGCUGCGGAUUUGCUGCCCCUUCUUCCCCCAGCCCUACGCAAAGACGGGAGCUGGGAACCCUGCUUCUGCCUCCUGCUAAGCCUGUCCCAACCUCGAGUUGUUGGUGCAAAGGGAAGCCGGUCCCUUUCUGAAAGAGCUCGCGGAGCUGUCGGUGACUGCCUGCUCCCUGUGGCCGGGGAGGAAAACAAAUGAAAGAAGAGGGCUGGGGCUGAGGGGAGAUGUGCGGCACGCGCUGGCACUGCUCAAGGGACCCUUCGGCGCUUGUAGCCCCCCCGAUGCCCCGUGUCACCUGCUGGAAAGCUGGGGCCCUGCUCAUGGGGGUGCUGGCGCUGUGCUCGAAUAGGACAGCACCCAGGGGCUGCCUCCCUCGGGGGGCUGGGGGGGACCCUCGGUGGGCCCGGUGCAGGCCCCCAGGGCUGGCCAGGCUGGCUCCCACAGCACCCAGCACGCAGCGGAGGGAAUUAUGGCAGGGAAGGAGCGUGUGGAGGAGCCAAGGGUUUGUCCUGAGCCUCCUUUAACAAAGGGAGAGCUGCGCUCGAGCUCCCUAAUAUCCUGUAUCAGGAUCCCCCACCUUCCCCGUCCUCGUGUGGUCCGCGAGUAACCUGCCUGGUGGAAACUGGGGGAAAAGGGAAGGGGCUUUUCGCGUCGGAAGACUGACCCGUGAUUUAUUCUUCCUUUGCUUUCACCCUAAAUGCUUCCUCUGUGCAAGUGGGCAGGGGCCGUGCGUGGCCGUGGUGUGAGCGAGAUGAGGGACGGAGCUUCUGGGGGUCACAGCUUGCUAACGACACUAAAUUAUUACCGGGGUCCUUUGUCAGUUCUAAUCGUACCAUAUUCUAGGUUAAAAUAUUUAUUUUGUCAAUAUAUUUCCUUUCCGGUGUGUUUUUAACCUCUUCUGUUAACCCUUCGUGUGCCGAGGUGUAAGAAAUGAAUGCUUUCUAUUUAAAUGCAUCCUUUGGGGUUUUUUUAAUUGUUACGUGUAGGUUUCAGCUGCUUCUUCGGCAGGUGUAGUAGCUAACAACGUGCUGUACAGACAUUUAGGGCGGUUAGGUGAGGCUCAUAGGAGAACUCGUAAAAAUGUGGCCUGGUGUCUUUGAAAGGGAACAGCCUAAGUGGGGAGACUGGUCCAUACUGGGACCCUCGCGUAGCCCCCGCCGUGCCCGUCCCCUUCCCGUUAUCACCACCGCUGUCAGAAACGUGCUGGUAAUUCAGCCCUGCCCUGGUCGGGGCUGGUUCUGUGCUCCCAAGCUGGAGAGGGAUUUUAUGGAGGGUUCUGUUCAUUUGACCGCCUCCAGCUUUUUUUUAAGGGAUCCACUGACCGUCUCCACUUCUAAAUGGAGGACUGCAGAGCUGGCUGCGGUGGCGAGAUGUUUCCCUCCAGUGGUGGAAGAACAGACCCGGGCGGUGGGUUCGGCCGGGGCAGGGGCGUUCGCCCCCCUCCCGUGAGCAGGAGCAGGACCCAUCCUGCUCCUGCUCCUCUCUCUCCGCGCUCCCCUGCUCUCAGGAGCCGGGAGAGCAGACCCAGCAGCAUUUCCAGCGGUCUCUUCCAUCCCAGGCGUGGUGAGGUCUCGUUGUGGCUGCUGGGAAGCCCUGCGGAGCGCCGCUUGCGCUAUCUCCAUCCCCGGGCCAGCCUCAUCCAGCCCAGUCAUUGUUUACCUCCUCCGUGCUAACCACAAGGCUUGCCGAGCCUACCCUGGAAAAAAAAAACCCAGCUCAGGACAGAUAUUUUUAUGGAAAUACUGAAGCAGGCAAUCAGCGAGCGGAUUUGUAGGCGUCUUGGAGGUAACCCUUCAGCUGCUGGGGCACCCACAGCCCCUGCCCGCCGGCGGAGGCGAGGAGGCGGGGAUCCCCAGCCGCGUCCUCGGAGGCGAUGCUGGUGUCCGCCAGCACCCUUCACCCCAAAAUGCAGCCUCUGGAGCAGGCUCCCAGCCCCGGCGUCCCCGCUGCUCUGUCCGGGAGAGAGGUGGGGAUGCGUUUUGCUGGGAGCCAGCUGGAUUUGGGGCCCCGCCGAGCUCCGGUCCUCCUGAGCCCACAGUAAACGUGCGCCCACCUUCCCCCUGCUCUGUGUUUUUAUGAGUACGAGCUCCUCGUUCUGUACAUGGUAUUAUGAGCUGUCGUUAGCCCUACAAAUGUAACCUGUGUAAUAGCUUCUCUGUAUAUUACAGCUGUAGGCUUUCCAGAUAAAAGUGGAUAAUAUUUAUUUACUGAAGAUACUGGAUAUUUUUUUGUUUGGGAACGGGGUAGGGAGAGAAGGGGGACGUAACUACUUAAAGAGAUUGACUGUGUAAAGAGAAACAAAACGCGAAAAAAAAAAAAAAAAAAGCGAAGAAACCCAACACUAAAGCGUUGCUGUAUUCACGUAGCAAGUGUUCACUUACGGGAGAUACACCUGUAUUAAUCCGCCGUCGUUUAACUUGUUCCAGAAAUCAUCUCUACUUUGGUUCCUGCAUGUGAGAUACUCCAAUAAACGCACUACUCGUGUGACCGGA